CUGAAUGCAGAACUUGCCAGAGAGUAUCUGGAGAAAGUGGCAGAUCUUCUGCUUGAGUUUGCACAAGCAGACACAACAGUGAAAUAUUUCAUGUGUAGCCAAAGCUUGCUCAGUCGGCUUUUCCAGAUGUUUAAUAGGGUGGAGCCUCCUAUUUUGUUGAAGAUACUGAAGUGUAUUAAUCAUCUGUCAACUGAUCCAAAUUGCUUAGAAAAUCUUCAGCGUGCUGAAGCAAUUAAAUACUUGAUACCAAAUCUUGAACUCAAAGAAGGGUCCCUUGUUUCAGAGAUACAUCAUGAGGUGUUGAACGCACUAUUCAAUUUAUGCAAGAUAAAUAAGAGGAGACAAGAACAAGCAGCUGAAAAUGGAAUCAUUCCCCAUUUGAUGCAAUUCAUCACAUCAAAUUCUCCCUUGAAACAAUAUGCAUUGCCACUGUUAUGUGACAUGGCUCAUGCAUCUCGCAAUUCAAGGGAGCAGUUAAGGGCUCAUGGUGGUUUGGAUGUCUAUUUGAACCUUCUUGAGGAUGAGAUCUGGUCUGUUACAGCACUAGAUUCUAUUGCUGUUUGUUUAGCCCAUGAUAAUGACAACAGGAAGGUUGAACAAUCAUUGCUGAAAAAGGAUGCAGUUCAAAAGCUUGUGAAGUUCUUCCAGUGCUGUCCAGAGCAGCAUUUUGUACACAUAUUGGAGCCAUUCUUGAAAAUCAUCACAAAAUCUGCAAGGAUCAAUACCACAUUGGCUGUUAAUGGAUUAACGCCAUUGCUCAUUGCAAGGCUAGAUCAUCAGGAUGCUAUAGCUCGUCUUAAUUUGCUCAGGCUAAUAAAGGCUGUUUAUGAGCAUCAUCCUCAGCCCAAGAAGUUGAUUGUGGAAAAUGAUCUGCCUGAAAAACUUCAAAACUUAAUAGGGGAACGGAGAGAUGGGCAAGUGUUGGUCAAACAGAUGGCUACGUCAUUACUUAAAGCACUACACAUAAACACCGUUUUGUAAAUUUAGAUUUUAAUUGUAAUCUUCUUUUAUGUAUAUUUAUCGUUGUAUAUAACUCUCUAAUAUCUGGUUUGCUUAUUUUUGUUUUCUAUUUGGUUGAGUGGAAAAAAUAGCAUAGGCUGGCGUAUGUCGUUUUGAUUCUUGGAUAAUAUUUUAGUGGGUGGCUGAUUUUGACGGCUUUAAUGGCCGAAUUGUAUUUUUUUUUAACUAUAUGUAGCUGUUUUAGUAUGGACACGUGGUGAAAAUUAAGGUACUACUUUCAAGAGCUACUUCUAUUCAAUCUA